AACGAUUAAGGCGGAUCGGAUAAAGGAGCCACACUUUUCUCUUCUUCCUCCUCUCGCCCGUCAACUCAAAGCCCCCGUUCAGAAACUCGACAUCUCCUUCCAUGGAGCUGCAUCGCUUCUGAGCUCGACCGGAGACGACGUUCGAUUCGCUUUAAUUAUUCGUGUCUCCGCCUUGCCAAAACCCGGGUAUAAAUUUGGGGGGAGAAGGUGCUUCCUUCCUGCUCUUGUGAAGCUCGUCGAUGGGAAAUUGCUUGGGCACCAAGGUCAAGGCGGAGAGCCCCUCCCCUGCCGCCUUCUCUUCGGGUGGAGAAUCUCAAUACAGCAGCACUAAGGCAAACGACUCGAGCGUUUCUAGCAGCAAGGUGUCUGCUUCAUCUUUGCCUUCCACUCCGCGGAGCGAGGACGAUAUCUUGUCAUCUUCGAACCUGAAGAGCUUCACCUUCCAGGGCCUGAGAACCGCUACCAGGAACUUCCGGCCGGACAGCAUGCUGGGAGAAGGAGGUUUCGGUUCGGUCUUCAAGGGUUGGAUUGAUGAAAUCACAUUGGCAGCAGCCAAGCCCGGGACUGGACUAGUCAUUGCUGUAAAGAAACUCAAACAGGAAGGGUUUCAGGGCCACAGGGAGUGGUUGGCGGAGGUUAAUUACUUGGGCCAUUUGUCUCACCCUAAUCUCGUAAAGCUCCUCGGAUACUGCCUGGAGGAUGAACAAAGGCUUCUUGCGUAUGAGUUCAUGCCUCGGGGCAGCUUGGAGAAUCAUCUGUUCAGGAGGAGUUCAUACUAUCAGCCACUUUCAUGGAAUAUCCGCAUGAUGAUCGCCCUUGGAGCUGCAAAAGGGCUUGCUUUUCUUCAUAGUGACAAGGGCAAGGCCAAGGUCAUCUACCGCGAUUUCAAAACCUCCAAUGUGCUCCUCGAUUCAAACUACAAUGCGAAGCUUUCUGAUUUUGGAUUGGCGAAAGAUGGCCCGAUUGGGGACAAAAGCCAUGUCUCUACAAGGAUCAUGGGAACAUAUGGAUAUGCUGCUCCGGAGUAUCUCUCAACUGGUCAUUUGACAUCCAGAAGCGAUGUUUAUAGCUUUGGAGUUGUUCUUCUUGAAUUGUUGACCGGUCGACAGGCCAUUGACAGGAACCGACCGUUUGGACAACACUAUUUGGUGGAGUGGGCAAAGCCUUAUCUCACGAGCAAGAACAAGCGAAGCACUACGAACAUCAUGGAUCCCAGAUUGGAAGGGCAGUACCCGGCGACUGGAGCCCAAAAGACAGCUGCUCUUGCACUACAGUGUCUAUCCAUGGAAGCAAAGGACAGGCCAACCAUGGAUCAAGUAGUGACUGCUUUAGAACAGCUUCAAGAUGCUAAAGACGGGUAGAAGUUCUAAGAACAAACCUAAAUGAAGCAGACAGAGAGCAAGCACCGAUUCAUCGAUGCCGCUUCACAGGAAGUGACAAGAAGUUGAAACCUAAUAGAGAGGAUAAUAGAAAAGGUUGAUUGUUCAGGGCCCUUAGCAUUUGAUCUUGCUGGUAACUGAUCAACUGUCUUAUAUUUAGUAAUCAGUGUGAAUUAUAUUGAGUGCUGCUCAUCUAGUUGUUCUGAAUGGUUUCAUCCCUAACCCUUACGUAUACUGAGCCUGAGCAGCAGUUCAAUUCCACAUUGAUACUUUUUAUAUCUGUCAAUGAGCUUCUUGACAAGAGCUCUAAGGAAGACCAUAUCUUUUAAGUAAGAACAAAAUCAUGAUCACCAACCCUUUCAAGGGUUACACUCUC